CGGGAAGACGGAAGAAACUGGCUUCUUGCCGAAGGCCAGCCACGGACAAACAACCCGCCACGAGAAGAUUGUUGUUGGAGCGAGUCGGGGACAGAGAGCUUUGGGAGAGGACACCAACGAGAGCCAGAAGAACGGGAAGGCGGCGAGAACGACGGCACCCCAUCUACCCAGGGAGGAAGGUCACACCCGGAGAGAUUUUUCGCUGUGACGUUUACUGCGGCAGGAUGUUCUCGUGCCGAUUGAUGAAAGUGAACGGUGUUCUUCUGCCCGAGGUCCUGGGGGCAUUGGGGGGAGAGGGGCAGCUGGUCGCAUGGAAGGUGCACCUUAGGCACGGCUCUCAGGAGCAUCGUGCGCAGUUCACCGCCCUUCCCUCGAGCAAGAACAACAGUACGACGCCAAGUUUGUCGGAGCCCCGACGCACAGACCUCGUGACCAUUUCCGGCUCUCCUUCGAAUGAAGAGGUCGAGUUCGAGGACAAGGGGGUAGGAGAGAAGGUGGAAGUCGCGGUCCUCUUCGACUUGAUAGCGAGGGAGAUGCCCAAGCGCCAGCUGUUCCGCCAUUCGAUUGCUUCGAUCGAUCUGGACGCGUUUCGUGCCCAGCCAGAAAAGAGGGUGGAGCUUUGGCUUCCCUUGCAGCCCGUAAAUUCUGGCAACGACCUUCGCGACUACGGAUCGAUACAGAUCUCGAUCAUGUACACCGACGACUGCGUGACUCAAGGGUACAUGUUCGGGCUUUUUUGCGGGCUGACUCUCCCGCGCUUGAGCAUCCAUCCAUCCUGAUGCCCUCUUCUCUAUACAUAUAUCUGUAUGUCUCUGCCGGCGAGAGAGAGCGAGAGGAGCGACGACCCGUUCGACGCGUGGUGUUUUGGCGCUUCCUCUUAACCUUGGCUUGGCGCUCGCUGACAGCCGCGUCACGUGCUGGGGGGCGUUUUCUAUCUUCCGGAGAGAUUGAGUUUAUGUAGCCCACCGUCGCCGAAGGCGGCGGUAGGGCAGUAUAGCGGUGUUCAGAACCAGGAUACUUGGCGGCAGCGUUCGGUUGUUGGGUCGCAGUUGUAGCGCUCCCGGGAUGAAAACAUAGGAUGGGAGGGAAUUCGUAGAUCUCAGCCCUACCCCCUCGCGCGCCCGCCUCUCGUUCGGUCACCCCCCCUCCUCUCCCCGCAACCAACCCUCCCAUCUCAGUUGUCUUUGCAUCGAUACCGCAGAGGUAUAGAGAUGGGGUGGCAUCGGGGGGGGGGAGGGGACACCGACCGCCUGUAAUGUUCCCAGUGGUCGUCAGGCUGUUGGCAGUAGCGUGAGCUGUGGCUGGUUGUUCUUGCUGUGGGCGGGUGUUGUCCUUCGUUUGCUGUUGGAGAGCCGAGGGUCGGCGCCGUAGGAACGCGACAAGCCAACGGCCUACUUCAAAAGGCGCGAGGCACACGCCACCCGAUGGCGAGGUGACUGCUGUGAUGAGCUUUUAAGGGGAUUGUUUCGGCCUGUCGUCGGCGUGGCAGCCGUGAAAAAGGCUCCCCGGCGCCUCGUUUGCCUUACCCUGUCUGAUGUUUACCAUGACAUCCAACAGCCUGUAGUUUGCGACUCUUGCCUGUACACAACGACGGGGGGUGCAGGGCGUCCAUACUCCCUGCCGGUGGUCUGUUUUGCGAAGUCAUUCUGGUUUUGGAUGCCUGAGGAUACCACUAAUUCUAGCCGCAACAUGGCGGUAGUAUGUGGAAGGCUUUUUACGGUACAAGUUGUGACGCGUGUUUUUUACGUAAGUAGGGUUGAUCUUCACCUGCUAUGUACGUCAAUAUAUUCACCUUAUAUGUGUUGGUGGUGUUCUCGUCGAGGGUGGAGGUUGCGGGGGCGCCGACGAAUGCGGAGGAGGAGGUGUCUGGGUGGAUGGGGGUGCGGAGUAUAUCUGCUGGCAGCGUGAGAGAACCCUGUUCUGUCCGUGUUGAGUAUUUAUUAUGUGUGCAGUGGUGUGUGGUAUUCCAUGGGUGUGGAUUGCGGCGGGAUAUUUUCUGGUGUGUGGUCUUGUUCGCGCGCGCGGCUGUGUCCUGUGUGUGGUGCAGUGCAACGUGCGUGUAUUUUACAUUGGCCUGAGACGACCCGUCCACCGGGUGCUGCUUGGUGUUGGCCCGGUUUAGCGUGUGGGCGUGCGUGUCGUUGCGCUCAAGUUCUACCUACAGUCGCCGUCGACCUCUCAUGUGUGGUGGCAGUGGCACAGCUCUAAUCGAACACACGAUCGUUGGUCAACCUUUUUUGCUGGUGGUCCUUCAAGGACUCCCGUUUAGCUGUUUUUUCAUGCGUAGAAGCAAGAAACAGAAACUCUUUGCUGCGUUAUUUCGUUGAAUCACCCGUGUGCUCACACAGGAAAACCGCCGUGACAUAAGAAGCGUUGUUUUGGGUUUGAGCCAAUUUUGUUGUAUUGCGUUGGGCUUUUGGGGGGGCAUGUGCAUCCUCGGCUCUUGCUUAUCUGGUGCUUCAUCAUUAUCUGCUGCCGUUGCUGCUGGGCUUGCACGCAACCCUUUUGGGAGGGGGGGGGGGGGGUGUUGUGUUGGAAAAGAUGCGGGCAUUGGCCGGAGAGAGCGUUUUCGUGACGGUGUCUGCUUUUGUACCGUGUGUUUUCUUCAGUAUUCCCCGCAGAUGAAGUGGCCACGAUUUGAAGGGAUCCGCCCAACCAACACGAAGACUAGUAGUCGGGAUGUUUGACUGUGUUUCGGCAUCAAACUCCCCAUGUUUUUGCUCCGUAAGGUCGAUCGUGGUUUUGAGCCACAAAAGUUACGAAAACAGUUCGGUAGACAGCUGGGUGCAGUGUAGUACGUGUUGUGUAAAAUCCGCAUUUGUUUGUGUGUGGCAGUUUUUGUUUUGAGCCUUGUCUUUUCUUGUCCAAUUGGCUUCUUUCUGUUCGCUGGUCUGAGGGCGGAAGAAAGUUGAAACCAGGCGUGCAUCGGUCUGAGACGUAAGGUCACUGUUGUUAUCUAUCUGACCGCACCCCCGUUACAGGUAGACAAGAACAACCCACAAGAACACGCGAUCGAUGUACAAUAGAAGGUACGAAAAGUAAGGCCUUUUAGUGAAGGCGGGGCAAUCAACUAAAGGGUAAAACGAGGACCCAAAACAGCAGCUGGAGUAGCGGAGUACUACCGGCUUGGGGUGAUCUGCAUCUUCCUCUCGUUAUUGAUGAGCUCGCGCAACCGCAGAGGGAGUAGAUCCAACGGUUAUUUCAGUUCGACUCCUCCGCCGCUCUCUGCUGCGCGAU